AUGAUCAGACGACGGACAUUCACCGCGUUGACAUUGACGGCACCCAGCUCUCCAUUCGUUUGGCAUGGAGAAGCGGGUGCGUGGCUUUUCGACUUCUUCGACUUUGACCGCAAGCGCUCCGUCAACUCUCCCCCAGGUUGGAAAGUCUUCAUCACGCCUCUGAACCCUGGGAGUAAGGCGCUCAUGUUCACUAGCGAAGUGAAGAGCUGGGAAGAGACUCAUGGCAUCCCGAAGGAUCAAAUCAAGCCCGGGGAGGAACGUUUCAGCGUACCCGAAGACGUGACCUGCAAGCUCGAGGGCCCAAGGAAUUUUGAGUUUUGGUUCCAAACCCCGAAGAGGGAAUAUACUGGCCCAGCUGUCCGGAUCGCGCAACCCAGACAGGUGUCGAGGAAUUAG